AUGGCUUCAUCAGGAGGUGGCAACGCUGAGUUCGGUCGUAAGAGGUCUUUGAUUCGACCCGAGCGAAAUCGCAUUGACCCCGACCACCCGAAUUAUCAUUAUCGAAAGCAUGCACAGAAAAUGGAAGUUUUUCCCUCUACAACCGGCAACGAUCCUAUUGUGGAAGACCAUGCCGAGUCGCGGACGGUCAGUUCGGGUAGUACAGCGAUAAAACCAGAACAAAGCCUGGGAGAAACCUCUUUCACUGAAGAUGACCGGCAAGUCAGAAAGCCUGGGAAAAUCGAGCCAGUUGGUCGAAAGCAUCCCCAGAAGAGGCUGGCCAGAAGAGAAAAGAAGGAGAUGACUGUAGAGGAGAAGCGGCGGCAGAAGGAAUUGGACACCAUCAGGCCUCCAAGCUUAUGGAAUGUCUACUGCGCCAUCGUCACAUUCUGGUGUCCAGACUUCGUGCUACAGUGUUUCGGCAUGCCGGCCAAGGCACAGAGAAGAGCGUGGCGAGAGAAGAUGGGACUUCUGAGCAUCAUCCUUUUGAUUUGUGCAUUCGUAGGCUUCCUGACAUUUGGGUUUACGCAAGCCGUUUGUGGAGCACCAGGGCUACGGCUGAAGGUCAACAAAGUGGACCGUGGUUAUAUGAUCCUUCAUGGUUCUGCUUAUGAUCUUUCAAGAUCACAACAUCCUGCUGCCAGAGGAAUAACGCUCAACGCGAAUGUGCUCUACGAUUUACCUCAAAAAUAUGGUGGUCAGGACGGCAGCUUCUUCUUCCAGAAUGUGAAUGGAGCCUGCAAAGGUCUCAUCACCCGUGCUCCUGGCUCUGACGUGCCUACCAACAGUGAAGGCGACUUGGCGUGGUACUUUCCUUGCACAUCAUUCAAUCAAGACGGCUCGAGCAAGCCAAACACUACGAUACCAUACUAUCUUGGGUACUCCUGCCAUACCACAGGGAAAGCCCGUGAUGCAUUUUACGGGCUUAGGAGCUCUGGGGAGGUCUAUUUUACCUGGGAAGACAUUCGUAAUUCGAGCCGAAAUCUGAUGGUUUAUUCGGGAAGUGUGCUCGACUUGGACCUACUAGAUUGGUUCAAUACAAGCCAAGUGGCCUAUCCUACACAGUUUGACGAGCUUCGAAAAAACCCCGCAGUGAAAGGGGUCGACAUCACCCUCGCUUUCCAGACAGGUCCAGGAAAACGGAUGGGCAAAUGUCUUACAGAGAUCAUUCGAGUCGGCUCCAUUGAUACCGAGACGGUUGGCUGCAUUGCUUCAAAGGUUGUUCUCUAUGUUUCUCUGGUCUUCAUCCUCGCUAUUGUGUUGGUCAAGUUCUUCCUGGCUCUUGCUUUCCAGUGGUUCUUCUCCCGAAGGUUUGCAGCAUCCAAGACAUCACAAGUAUCCAAUGCAAAGAAAAGACAGAAGCAGAUUGAGGAUUGGUCUGAUGACAUCUACCGACCUGCUCCUCGUCUCACUGAUCCUGCCAGUACCAUAAACGGUUUGGAUCGACGCAGUAAGCGUGGCAGUGCUCUAUUCCCGCAGACAUCUAGGUUCACAAGUCCAUAUGCAGCGGAUCGCAGCAACAAGACAAAUCGUACUCCGCCUACGACAAUGGCGAGUCAAAGUUCAGCAGCUCGUCUAACACAGGCACCCUCCAUCUAUCAGCAUAGCCGCAGUCAAAGUCAAGGAACACUCGAUGUUCCUAACAGAGCAAGUGUUGCAGCAAGCAAAUCAAGCUUAAUGCUCUCCAGUCAAGACCAGAGGUAUUCGAGCGUCAUGACGGAUCUUGAUGGACCAGGACCGCAAGGCUUUAUUCACGAAGCUGUGGUACCUCAACCACCUCCUGAGUGGCAGCCGUUUGGUUAUCCUUUAGCACAUGCUAUCUGUCUUGUCACUGCCUACUCAGAAGGUGCUGAAGGCUUGAGGACCACACUUGACUCCAUUGCCACGACAGAUUAUCCUAACAGCCAUAAAGCCAUUCUUGUUGUCUGCGACGGUAUGAUCAAAGGCAAAGGAGAAGAGCUGAGCACGCCCGAGAUUUGUCUUAGCAUGAUGGGCGAUCAUGCCAUUUUACCUGAGGAUGUUAAGGCUUUCUCGUAUGUGGCCGUUGCUAGUGGAUCCAAGCGUCACAACAUGGCCAAAGUUUAUGCUGGGUUCUAUGAUUAUGGCGAGACAUCAGCAAUCCCACCGGAGAAGCAACAGCGUGUUCCCAUGAUGGUCGUUGUGAAGUGCGGUACUCCUGAUGAGUCCGAAAAGAGCAAGCCUGGAAACAGGGGCAAACGAGAUAGCCAGAUCAUCCUCAUGUCUUUUCUCCAGAAAGUGAUGUUUGACGAACGUAUGACAGAGCUGGAAUUUGAAAUGUUCAACGGACUGUGGAAGAUUACCGGCAUGUCGCCAGAUUUCUACGAGAUUGUACUCAUGGUGGAUGCGGAUACAAAAGUCUUCCCGGACAGCUUGACACAUAUGAUAUCUGCUAUGGUCAAAGAUCCUGACAUCAUGGGCUUGUGUGGUGAAACCAAGAUCGCGAACAAGAGAGCUAGCUGGGUGUCUAUGAUUCAGGUCUUCGAAUACUUCAUCUCCCAUCACCUUUCAAAGUCCUUCGAGUCCGUCUUUGGAGGUGUCACCUGUCUUCCUGGAUGCUUCUGCAUGUACCGAAUCAAGGCACCGAAAGGUGGUCAGAAUUAUUGGGUACCAAUCCUCGCCAAUCCGGAUGUUGUGGAACACUACUCGGAGAACGUGGUCGACACCCUACACAAGAAGAAUUUGUAUUUGCUUGGUGAGGAUCGAUAUCUGUCGACUUUGAUGCUAAAGACCUUUCCGAAACGAAAACAAGUUUUUGUACCGCAGGCAGUCUGCAAAACAACAGUACCGGAACAAUUCAAAGUCCUUCUCUCGCAGCGACGAAGAUGGAUCAACAGCACGGUGCACAAUCUGAUGGAGCUGGUACUGGUUCGAGAUCUCUGCGGCACCUUCUGCUUCAGUAUGCAGUUCGUGGUCUUCAUCGAACUUGUCGGUACCCUGGUCUUACCUGCUGCCAUCACAUUCACCUUCUACCUCAUCAUAAUAUCGUUCAUCAGAAAACCAGUUCCGGUCAUUCCGCUUGUUCUGCUUGCACUUAUCUUGGGUUUACCAGCCGUGCUGAUUGUACUUACUGCGCAUCGCUGGUCAUACGUCGUCUGGAUGCUGAUAUAUCUGCUCUCCUUACCAAUAUGGAAUUUCGUUCUUCCUGCCUACGCUUACUGGAAGUUUGAUGAUUUCAGUUGGGGGGAGACGAGGAAGACGGCGGGAGAAAAGACGAAGAAGGCGGGCAUUGAGUAUGAGGGCGAGUUUGAUAGUAGCAAGAUCACCAUGAAGAGGUGGGGAGAUUUUGAGAAAGAGCGAAGAAUGAGAGCACCUGGAGGUGGAGCAGGGUGGUCACAGCAAUCAAACACAAUGACAGGCUAUUCGCAAAGUUAUGGUUAUGAGCCUUACCAUGACUAUUGA